GUGGGGGGAGCGGGGCGGGGCGAUGGAUAAACUGACCAUCAUCUCAGGAUGUCUCUUUCUGGCCGCCGAUAUCUUCGCCAUCGCCAGCAUCGCCAACCCGGACUGGAUCAACACCGGGGAGUCGGCGGGAGCACUUACUGUGGGCCUUGUGCGGCAGUGUCAGACAAUCCAUGGACGAGACCGGACCUGCAUCCCCCCUCGGCUUCCCCCAGAGUGGGUCACCACCCUGUUCUUUAUCAUCAUGGGGAUCAUUUCCUUGACUGUCACAUGUGGCUUGCUGGUGGCUUCCCACUGGCGAAGAGAAGCUACAAAAUAUGCUCGAUGGAUAGCAUUCACUGGAAUGAUCCUUUUCUGUAUGGCUGCCCUAAUAUUUCCAAUAGGAUUUUACAUCAAUGAAGUCGGAGGUCAACCUUAUAAGUUACCCAACAACACAGUAGUUGGGUCAUCAUAUGUACUUUUUGUCUUAUCGAUUUUCUUCACAAUAGUAGGACUUCUGUUUGCUGGCAAAGUCUGUUUACCAGGCUGACGAAUGUCUAAACAGCUUAACUUUUUAUUUUUUUAUUUUAUUUUUUAUUUUUAGAGGUUGGGAGGACAAAGAGAAGGCAUCUGGGCAGUCCUCUCAUAGGAAGAUGCUUAGAUGAACCUGAUGCCGAAAAGGAAAAAUUGCUUUGAUUUGUUCUCACUAUGCACUUUGGAUUUUAACAAAAGAACGAGAGCCUUUUCCAUAACCAAAUACAAUAGUGACUAAAUCUCCUGAACGUAUUCAGGCAGGCAGUCUGCACUGUGAUAGUGACCUAGUGACGGAGAGUGCUUUACUGAAGCAUGUGGCCCCUGGUGACUGUUGAUCUGUUUUUAAUGUCUAAUGAUUCAUUUGAGAGGGGGGAAAGUGUAGUAUUUAUGAAUCAUGAUGGACCAGAAGGGUGCGGGAGGUUCGUGUGGGGCUGGCCUCACCUCCUAAGACAUUAGUGUUCUCAAUUUCCUUGUCAUGUUAGGAGCCUUUGGCACCACAGUGGAUUGCCGUGGCAUUACUGCACCAAGAAGCCAAUAGAUCAAAACUUGUUUGCUAAACUGUAUGUAAAAAUUCUAAAACUCCCUAAUCUCUGUGUACAAAAGAAAAAAGAAAACACUAAGAAACAAGUUUGGGGUGGGUGGGGGAAAUCUUCCUUAUAUUUAUAUAAAUAUAUAUAUAAUAUAUAUAUUUUGCUGAUGCAGUAUACAGUGUGUAUAUGUGUGUGUGUGUAUGUGUGUGUACAUUUGUAUAUGCACACAUGCAAACAGUUCCUGGACGAGAACUCUGAAUGCUUGCUAGCAAAACACUGUGGUGUGCAACCUAGAACUCAAUAGAAAAAAGCCAUUUAUCUGAAGGCUGCAUAGUGGAGAGAGUCUUCAGUUUACCUCAUUCUUUGUAGCAGCCCUUGAUUUUGACAGGUUUCUGUAAUAGGUACAAAUAACUCCAUACCUUUCUAGGUGCAAUUUUAAGUUAAGCUAAAGAUUCUUUCUAGGUUUAAUUUAUUUGUAUAUGAUAGUAAAGGUAAGGUCAUGUCAAACCUUAUAGUUUGGGGAAUCUGACACUGUUGAAAUGAGUAUCAACUAUCAUGUAUUGUACAGACAUUCAUUCUUACCACUGGUUCAGUCUGCUACAUUAACAGUGCAUUGUAUAUGUUCAAGCAUACAGCUUCACAUUAAGGUCACUGGCAAACAUCUGGCUGUUUUGGCUAUUGACAACACUAAUUCUGCUCUCCCAUAAAAAUUGCAUUUUAUCUGUAUUAUUAGUAGAUCUUCACCAAAUUCUUGAGCAAUACAAUAUUUCCUCUAUAUGCAUUAUACCUGUGUUUGCUAAAAAGCUAACAUUCUUGCAUUUGUUUGAAGGCUGCAUUAAACCCACAGCCUUAAGGGUUUUUUCUAGAAACAGCAAUGCAGCCAAUUCUGAACUCACAAGUACUUUUAAAACAGAGCCCUUUCCUCCCCACAUUCCCAUGCCUGCGUCAACACCGAGAUUCUUCCUGGUGAACACUUGUUUGAAUCUGGUCACAAGGAUGUUUGAUGGCAGUGGAGCCUGAAUUUGUCCUCUCUAUAGUGAAUGGCAAUCCAAGUGUCCCUGUUGGUGGACAGAGUACAAGUCCCACAUAGCCCGAGCUUCAUACACACGAAUGAUUCCUAAGCAGCUCGAUUAUCCCUCACGGGAUGGUUAUUGAGAGCCAACCUAGAGUGGAAGACUUGAGUCAGUCCUCACCAGUGUGUUUGCUAUUCACCUGUCUCAGUAUUAAAUUGUGAAUGAAAAGCCAGUGUUUGGGCUCAUACCGGAACCUUGGAGGAGUGGACCCUUCUAGAAGUGUGAGAACCCUGCAGUCAAUCGGAGGAAGGACACUUUCCACCACCUGUUCCAUCCAGGCAGUUCUAAGGCCACCACUAUACAUGUCCUAUGGACAUUCAGGAUUGGGCUUUGAUUAGUCGUCAGUCAGAUGGGUCACUCUGAAGGAAAGGUUUGGUAGUUGGCACUAUACCACUGAUAAAAAGUAUUAGCAAAGUAUACUUCAAAUUAACUGACAUGACCAAGAGCUUUUCUCUUUAAAAAGAUGGAUUUUAUUGUAUAUAGUUUCUCAAAAUAUUUUUAACUGGAUCAUGAGCAUGGGGAGAGAAAGAUUCUCAGCUGCUAUGAAUUUCCCCACUGUUUACUUCUCUCAUUUACAGUGGUAUUGUGUAAGAUUACAAAAUUUUAGGUUUUAUUUGUAUCUAUUACCCAAACCAUUAAAUUGUCUUUAAUUUCAUCAUUGUCUUAGAAGCCCAGUGCAUGAAGAGCUGAUGGGGGGAAGCCCCUCUAGCCACUCAGCGCUCUGACCCAGGAUUAAAACCACCCAUCAAAUAGUGUGUGAAGUCCAGUCUUUGUAAACUCUCUCAGACCAAACGUUAUUGAAGUGAACUCAUCCAUAUAAUCUAAGUCCUGUAAGUGGAAGGACAAACAGCUGCCAGCAGCUGCUUUUAAAGGGUCACUAUGAUCACUACAUAGCACAGUAUUAAUUUAUAGCAGGAAUCAUAUCUUGUAAAAUGUAUAUAUAAAACACUUUUAUGGUGCAAUCAUUUGUCAGAUUUUGUCUGUUACAUUGUUCUUAGAGUGUACAUUCUCUCAUGCCUAAGAAUAUCACUGUAAAAUCUGCUGAAAACUAUUUUUAGGUUUUAUUUGCACAAGACUGAACUAGUUUGAGUUUUUGGGAAGCUCCUAUCGAACAAGCCUACACAUCUGUAAAGAUAAAAACCUUCAGUUCAUUAAAAGCAACCAUUAGUACAAUUCUUUCAAGGUAAUCCACGUUCUGUGUUGUUAGUGUGUGGGUGGGAUGUUUCUGACUUUCCCAUCUCUCACAAUUCUUUCCAAGGUAAUCCAUGUUCUGUGUUGUUGGUGUGUGGGUGGAAUGUUUCUGACUCUCCCAUCUCUCACAAACCUAUUUUCUGUUCCAUCUGUUUUGUUUUUGAAGGAUGCCUUCUUUUUCUUUUGUAAUGUUCUAGAUGACCAAAACACAUUCUUGGGUUUUGCCUACAGCUUUGAUUUCUCCGUGUGUUGUUGUAUGAGUUCACUGUUUAAUCUCUUCAGUGAAAUAGAUAGUCCUGGUGACAGGCAAUCUGUUGGUUUAGAGGAAAGGUCCUGAAAAAGUGUUGGAAAUUAACUUUGGAUCUGUUCUUAGCUGUUAUUUUGCAUCAUGGGCUUCAUGAGAAGAACAUGUUGCAUUUAUUUUGUCUUUAUUAAAAGACUACUAGUCACCAGUUACUCUGGUCAUAGUAACUGUUUUAUCAACCCACUUUGAUCUUUUUUUUAAGGAUUAAAUUUUCAUUCACAAGUCAAAACAGUAAGCUGUCUUUUAGAAAAGUUUUGAAGGAUAAAAAUAUAUGAAGGAGAAAGGCGGUCUGUGUAGGUGGAAUCGUCUACACAGAAUUUUAGUUGUGUGGCCUUGAGAGACUUUAGGUUGUGGUCAAGGACUGUAUAUUAUCCAAAACUUUAUUAAGAAUUGUUUUCUAAUUGGUUAUAACAUUUUUUCAAUUAAUAGUUUCAAAACAAAUUGUUAAUACAACUGUAUAAAGUGAACAUAAUUUUCUUCACUUGUAUUUUUGUUAUUGAGCAAGUUUAUCAAAAUAAAUUGUCUACUAAAGAAACUAAAAAGGCUUCUAUUACUUUUAAUAAAUUUUGAUUUUAAAUGCUUAUUUCUAGGGUGUAGCUCUCUUGUUAAAGAAGUAACCUGGUAGAGUGUGCACCGAGCCCUGUGUUCAGUCCCCAGCACUGAGUAAACCAGGUAUAGUGGGACUCGCCUGUAAUUCUAGCAUUCAGGAGGUAGAAGCAAAGGCUUAAGGUAACCUUCAACUUCAUAGGGAGUUCAAGGCUAGCCUGUCGCAAAACAAAACAGUAUUGUAGCACUGUCACUUACAGAGACCUUGCCUCUUGGUGGACUUUGUGUUAGCAUUCUGUGUGAGGGAGCUCCCCCCUUCCAUGUCUACUCUUUGCUCACCUUUAGUCAAGAACUGUUACAGCUGGAAUGACACUGUGCCCCAUAGUCUCAGAUGUUUGGAUUCUUGAUCCCAGUUGGUGGCUGUUUGGGGAGGUUUAAAAAGAGGUGCCUCGUUGAGGAGAAAGCAUGUCACUGGGGGUGGGCUUUGAGAUGUCAAAGCCUCGUGCUGUUUCCAGUCCUCUGCUCCAGCCUUGCAGUUCAAGAUGUGAGACCUCAGCUUUUGCUCCAGCCACCAUGCCUGCUGCUGCCACCACUGCUGCUGCCACUGCCGCUGCCGCCAUACUUCCCCGCCACAGUUGACUUAGUCCUCUGGAACCGUAAGCCAAAUAAACCUUUUCUUCUAUAAGUUGCUUUAGUCGUUGUGUUUUAUCACAGCAACAGAAAAGUAACAGUAUAGUUGUUAUUAAGAUUUCAAUGUAAUGAUUAGAACAGUUUUCCAGUAAAGUAAAUACUGUGCCCUUUUCUCUGGCACUUUUCAUAUUGCUUAAACAUUUCGUAUUAAUUGUUUAAGACAGAUUGUUUGUCCAUUAAAGCAGCUCUUUCUUAUA